AUGUAUCAAAAUGAGACAGAAUUUUAUAGCGGAAGCAGUUUUAAGGAAUCUGGUAUAAUGAAAAAAUAGAAAGAAAAACUCUUUAUAUUUUACUCAAAUACUCAGGUGAAAAGUAUUUAUUAAUUCUGAAGGUUUUAUAAAUAUAAGAUAUUAGAGAAUAAAUAUAAAAAUAAAUAAGGAUUUCUAAUUACACGUUAAAAAGAUUAGGUCGAUAUUCAGAUAAAUAUGUUAUAAACAAUUGAGUCAAUAAAAUGAGAUAAAAUUUGGUUGGAAUAAUGAGAAGGAAUACUUACAAUGGUAAGAUUGUUUUUCAGGAGAAUGGUAAAAUAAAUAAACAGCAAGAAAAGUUUUAGAAGAAUUUGAUAGAUCAUUACCUGAAGUUGAACCUUAUAUUGAUAAAUAACCAUUAAUAACAAAAUCUAAAGCAAAACCAAGUUUGUUAUCAAGAGAUAAGAUUUAGAAAAUGAUUCCACAUUUACCUGAUUUUAUAUAGGUAAUGUAAAGAAAAUUAAUUGUUAGAAAGAUAUGGAAAUAUUGCUCUAAAAAUUCCUUAUAAAAUUUGGAUGGUUUUAGUGAUAUUGAUAAUUUUAAGUAAAUAUUAGAUUAAAUAAAUGCUCAAUUAUAUUAAGACAAUUAGAACUAUAUCAUGAUUAAAUUGAUUAGAAUUUGGUUGAAUAUUUAAAUCAAUAUAAAAUAAUAAGAUCAGCUUUAAUGUUUAGCCUUCUAAGUAUGUUUUUGAUAAUUAUUUAGCAAGUAAGAUUAUAGAAGUCUCUUAAUUGAAGAGAUCUAUGUGGAAUGUGAAGAUAAAGAUUCAGGAGAAAAUAUGCUGAAAGUAUUACUUAUGAAUAUUACAUCAAAUGAUAGAAAUCUAAUAUAAAUAUAAGAGUUAAUUUAAUAGUUAACAGAGAAUGUAAUUAAAAAGAAUUAUGAGAGUAUGGAUACACUCCAAAUUUCAAUGAAAUCAACAGAUCAAGAAAUUUAGGGAAUGACAUCUGAAUAACAUUUGAUGUAAUCUAGAGAGGAGUUUUAGAAAUUAAUAGACUUAGUAUAUAAUGGAGUUUAUAUAGAUAAAGCAAAGAAUUAAUAAUAAGAUUAGAGAAUUUCAUAAGGAUUGAUUAAAUAAUUGGAAACUAGUGAAGAAGAGGGGCAUUUUAUGUAUACAAAAUAUUAUAGAGUGGAUUAAUAAAGAGGAGGAUUAACUUAUCAUAAUGAAAGAUUACUUAAAGAUUAGAGAUCUGUACUUUUGAAUAUGAUAAAGAGGAUUGGAUCUAAUAUAAUAAAUGGUAAAUCUGAUAUGUCAGUUUCAUUACCAAUUUAAAUAUUUGAAAAUAGUUCCUUUUUAGAAAGAAUGGCUAGAGCUAUGGGACAUGCACUUAUAUUUUUAAAACCUAUAGAUUAAUCAACAAAUGUUAUUGAAUAAAUGAAAUUAACUUUAAGAUUUCAUAUGUCAAGUUCUAUGAUGGGUAUUUAAUAAGAAAAACCUUUUAAUCCUAUUUUAGGAGAGACAUUCUAAGGUAGUAUUAAAGGAUGUCCUAUUUAUUUAGAAUAAACAUCUCUUCAUCCUCUUAUUUCUAAUUAUAUCAUGUAUGGUGGGGAUUAUAAAAUUUAUGGAGCAUUUAGUCCUGUUGUCAAUAUGGGAUGUAAAAGUCUAUCUGGUGAAUAACAUGGUCAUAGUAUUGUACACUUUCUUAAUACAAAUUUUAAAUUUUAAUACAUCAAUCAACCAUUUACUGUCUAUAAUAUAAUUACAGGUUAAAGGAAUGUUAAUUGUCAUAAAAGAAGUUUUUGUUUUUAACCAGAUCUAUAAUUAUGUGCUGUUAUCUAUUCAACCCUAAAUAUAAAAAUAGUAGCUUUUUUUCUAAAUCAAAAUAACUAAUUGAUUAUCUUGUUGGUCAAAUUUACAAAGUUAAUCCUAUGUGUAUUCAACGUUGUAAAUUAGCGCAUAAAACUGGUUCUGGAUUGUACAUGAAACUUUAAAUAAAAAAAAAAGAAAUUUUGAAAGGUUAUGUAUAAAUCACAGGAAGAUGGACUACUCAUUUAGAUAUCAAUAAUUAAAGAUAUUGGGAUAUCAAUAUUCAUAGGUAUUUAAGUAAAUAUAUUAAUAGACCAUUUAUUUUAGAAUUUGAAUAAAAUCCUUUACCAUCUGAUUGUUUAUAUAGAUUAGAUUUAUUGUUAAUGAAAAUGAAAGAUAUACAAAGAACUUAGGAAAUGAAAGAAUAUAUGGAAGUAUGA